GCGCCCGCUGGAGCUGCGAGACCGGGAGUGAAACGGCCUCCGAGUGGGAGAGGCAGCAGUGUCCACUCGUGCACUGGACACUCCGCGGUUUGGGGGGUGGUGUUGGGCACUUUGCUAGAGCGUUGAGACCCCCGGGAGCAAGCGGCUGUGGUAACAAGUGGGCGAAGAUGCCUUACGAGAUCAAGAAAGUGUUUGCCAGCCUGCCACAGGUUGAAAGAGGGGUUUCCAAAAUCAUUGGAGGAGACCCGAAAGGCAACAAUUUUCUCUACACCAACGGAAAAUGCGUCAUCAUAAGGAAUAUCGAUAAUCCAGCAAUUGCAGACAUUUACACAGAACACGCCCAUCAAGUCGUGGUGGCCAAGUAUGCUCCUAGCGGCUUCUACAUCGCCUCUGGAGAUGUCUCUGGAAAGCUUAGGAUCUGGGAUACCACGCAGAAGGAGCAUCUCCUCAAGUAUGAAUAUCAGCCUUUUGCUGGCAAGAUUAAGGACAUUGCCUGGACUGAAGAUAGCAAAAGAAUUGCAGUUGUUGGAGAAGGAAGAGAGAAGUUUGGAGCGGUCUUCCUUUGGGAUACUGGCUCUUCAGUUGGGGAGGUAACAGGACAUAACAAAGUGAUCAAUAGCGUCGAUAUUAAACAGACCAGGCCUUACCGGCUCGCAACAGCCAGUGAUGACAACUGCGCGGCCUUCUUUGAGGGACCACCAUUCAAGUUCAAAUUCACAAUUGGCGAUCAUAGCCGAUUUGUCAACUGUGUGAGGUUCUCUCCAGAUGGGAAUAAAUUUGCCACAGCAAGUGCAGAUGGCCAGAUUUAUAUCUAUGAUGGAAAAACAGGAGAGAAAGUUUGUGCAUUAGGAGGAAGCAAGGCUCACGAUGGAGGAAUUUAUGCUAUUAGCUGGAGCCCUGACAGCAGCCAUUUGCUUUCUGCUUCUGGAGACAAAACUGCAAAAGUUUGGGACAUUGGCGCUAACUCCGUGGUUAAUACAUUUAACAUGGGCUCAAACGUGUUGGAUCAGCAGCUGGGAUGCUUGUGGCAGAAGGACCACUUGAUAAGUGUUUCCCUCUCGGGAUAUAUCAAUUACCUGGACAAAAACAACCCUAAUAAGCCACUCCGAGUUAUCAAGGGCCACAGUAAAUCAAUCCAGUGUUUGACGGUUCAUAAAAAUGAUGGUAAAUCAUACAUCUAUUCUGGGAGCCACGAUGGACACAUUAAUUAUUGGGAUUCUGAGACUGGGGAGAACGAUUCCUUUGCUGGGAAAGGACACACCAAUCAGGUAUCCAGAAUGACUGUGGAUGAGGCCGAUCAACUGGUCAGCUGCAGCAUGGAUGAUACAGUGCGUUAUACUAAUCUUAUCCAAAGGGACUACAGCGGACAGAGUGUAGUAAAACUGGAUAUUCAACCAAAAUGUGUAGCUGUUGGGCCUGGAGGCUAUGCAGUAGUUGUAUGCAUUGGACAGAUUGUCUUAAUGAAGAAUCAGAAGAAGUGCUUUACUAUUGAUGAUCCUGGCUAUGAACCUGAAGUCGUUGCCAUGCAUCCAUCCGGAGGGACUGCGGCUGUGGGAGGAGCAGAUGGGAAUGUCCGUCUGUACUCAAUCCAAGGAACGACGUUGAAACACGAAGAGAAACUCCUGGAGGCCAAGGGCCCAGUGACGGACCUGGCCUACUCCCACGAUGGUGCUUUCCUUGCUGUCUGCGAUGCCAGCAAAGUGGUCACGGUGUUCAGUGUGGCUGACGGCUACUCGGAGUACAACGUUUUUUAUGGACAUCAUGCAAAAAUCGUCUGCAUCGCAUGGUCACCAGACAAUGAACAUUUUGCUUCAGGGGGCAUGGACAUGAUGGUCUAUGUUUGGACCCUGAGUGACCCAGAAACUAGAGUCAAGAUCCAAGAUGCCCAUAGGUUACAUCACGUCAGCAGUUUGGCCUGGUUGGACGAACACACGCUGGUCACAACCUCCCACGACGCCUCUGUCAAAGAGUGGACAAUCUCCUACUAGGGACCCCCACUCGCCAAGCCAGCCCUCUCUUUGGAAGGACCGAAUCAGGGACUUAGAAUUACUGCAGCGGGACAUGUCCUUUAUUUCUGUAAUGCUCCCUCCCUCCCCCCUCCACCUCUCAUUCUCCCUAAAUGCGGGAGAGGAGGAAGGGGAGGGGUGAUAUGAAUUAAUCAUUAUCCUCCUAUCUUUACAGGGUGUUCAUAUCUGUUAAUGUAUUUCGAAAGCUUUAGCCAGUAACAGUUUGCACAUUUAAAAAAAAAGAAGAAGAAGAAGCACUUAAAUUAUAUCUGGAGCUUGGGGGGGGGGGGGUGAAUCAAAAACAGAAAAACCCAAACUUUAUCGUGUUGAACAUUCCAGAAGGAACAGCAGCCUAGUGAGGCCUAGUUUUUAAAAGGGGAGCACUCCUAUCCAGUGCUUUUUAACUUCCCAGCUAGGCAGACCCGCUGGCCAUCUGACUCCACGAGAGCAGGCCUCCUCCUAUUUCUGCCCCCCGAUUUACAGAACAUUUCUGUACUGACUCUCCUCCUGAGUAUUUGUGAUCCAGACCUGGCCAGGGUGCUAACUAUGGCUGAGGUAGUCUGCACCUAACUGUUGCCUCAAAUUUCCUCCCUCCUUCGCAGAUGGGAUACCUACGUAAAUAAAUGUAUUUACGUUAAUAAAUGUUUUAUGUAUUUCAAUACAUCAGGUUUUGUGCUUCAUUUUAAAGAUGCAAACAUGGUAUUUUUUUCCCUGUGUACUUAAAUGGUUGUUUGUUAAUGAUGAUGGCCCCAUCUUUGGACCUUUUGAAACCUUUGUUAUCUUUUGGACUGCGCAAUGUUUUUGGUCCCCAUUUCAAUGUCUUUCCUUUGCUUUUUUCUUUAAGGGCAAAGAUGAAAUCACUGUAAGCUAAUCUAUGAUAAUUUUCACCUUUUUUUUUCCUUUUCAGAGCAGAAAUUAAAGUAAGUAUAAAGCA